AUGAAUCCAAGGAAGCGGCUCCGGGAACUGAUUUCCGGCGCGUUGAAAGACAAGGCGUCCCUGAUCAAAGCCACGCUCACGACGAAACGCGCCGUUUCGUCGGUCCGCGUCGCCGUCAUACGCGCCACCACCCACGCCUCCGCAUCUCCGCCGCCGGACCACCGCGUUGCCGCCAUUCUCGACCUCGGAAACCGAUCGGUUCCAGUGAUUUGCGCCUGCGUAGGCGCCAUCACGGACCGCCUCCACCGCACGCGCGACCCUUUCGUCGCCCUCAAGUGCCUCUACGUCCUCCAUCGCCUCAUCGUCAAAGGCUCCCUCUCCUUCUACCCCGCCGACGGCGGCCACAACUCCCUAAACCUCUCCGGUUUCGCCACGCGCUCCGGCGGGGAAUCGCGUGAGUUAUCGCCGUGGGUGAGAUGGUACGCCGGCGUUUUAGAACAGAGUAUAAUGACGUUAAAGAUUCUCGGCAACUCUUCCGUUACUUAUACAAGAAAAUCAAUAAACUUCGAUAAAAUAACCGUUAUUGCCAAAGAUUCCAAGUUACGGCGUCAAAACGCCGUUAGUGAGAUAGAAUCUUUAGUAUGCAUGGUGGAAGACAUGUCCAGAGCGCCGGAAUCUUUACACUGGCGCAAAAACGACGUCGUUCAUGAGGUGAUGGUCUUGGUCUCGGAGGACUACCGGGCGGCGCAGUUCCAGAUCAUGCUGCGACUCAGCGAACUGGGAGAGCGAGUUGGGAAGCUGAGUUACGCCGAGUUGACCGAGUUGCAGACCUGUUUGAGGAGACUGGAGGGUUGUAAGGAGAGGAUGAUUGAGCUGUUUAUGCGGCGGCGGAACGACGCGUUCUGGGAAAUGGUGCGGCGGACGGCGGCGGAGAUUGACGAGGUCAAGGAGGAGUGGGAAAGACAGAGCUUGGUGCUGUGGAACGCCGAUGAGGGAAAGUCAACUGAGUCGACUCGGCGGGGUGGCCGCGUCGGAGAUGCAACAAACCAAAUGCUACUAUUACCAUAUAACAGCCAAUAG